CCUCACAUCCAUUCCUCCAACAACAAUAAUGCUGAGACCACGUCCACAACCAAUCCCCCUUCCCUUCCACUUUGAGCCAGACAAUAACAACGGCCGCUAUUAUGAAGACGAUGAUGGUCGGUUUCUUUUCCCCCACUCCUUGCUGCUACCCACGCUGACGAACGAUGCCCCGUCCUCGCCCAUCGCCCCUUUUCAUUCUCCCGUCUAUAGAUGAGACGCCUGAAUACCGCUUGAAUCUUGGUGCAGAAACUCCGGGAGAGAUGACGCCUUCGAUAUCCUCAUACCCCUUCGCGUGGGAGAGGACGGGCUCGAGGACCCCCGUACGAAGACGGUCCAUAUCCAGCUUGCGGAGGAGCAGCAGGACGAGGAAGGAUGCCGUAGACAGGGACUGUGGCAUUUGCUUCGAAAGCGCUGUAGUCCCCUGUCGAACCCUGUGCUGUUCAAAACUGUUUUGCCUAGAGCACAUUGCUGAUUGGCUACACGGUUCACGCUCCGACGGACGUUGCCCAUCAUGCAAAACCCGUUGUACCCUCAAAAAAGAUACCAUUCUCCUCCCCGUACCCCAUCUACACUCUCCUAUACCCCCGACACCCCCUCCAAGUCUUCGUCUCCGACCUAGAAGCCCGUCGACAUCCGAAUCUGAGACCUCGGAUGCGGGAUCGGAGCAGAGCGAGGACUCCGAUGCCGACCACGGCUACCAGACUGACACCCUUGAUCUUUCGGGGACCAAGGUUGCCAGCAAGAUUUUAAGCAUCGUCGGAUUGACGCUCGUUUUCUAUGUUUUGUUGACUUGACCUCUCUACACCCCACUCCUAUAAUUUCCUUUCCAGCAUCAUUUUCUCACUUUUUCUCACUAGCCGUGGCAUCUUUUCAACCUUCUAAUGUUGUUUUGGUAUACGUCUGUCAUUUGUUGCAUCAUGUAAUACUACCAAGGGAUUGAAUGAACACAUGUACGAAUACAACAUGACCUCUCGGAACAUCAUCUUCGCAAGGUCACUGGCGAGGGUGAAUUGCAUUUGCACCUAUCACCGCCGACCAUGAGGAAAACACCGUCAGCUGGUC